GAAAAGCAGAUGGGCAUAUUUAUUCCUCCUCAGAUAUACAAGCGGGCCGCAGCUCCCUGCAAACAAGGGGGCUUCGGACAAGUAGGGAAAAAGAAAACCCCGAAACUCUCUGCUGGGAACCUCUGAUGACCAAAACCUCACCAGGCUGGUCAGAUCCAAAGGAAUCUGGAGGCUUUGAACUGUUCAAGCUGGAGUCCUGAAUUCUUUAGAGAAAACACGUUAAGAAUUUGGAGAACCGAGGGACUGUAAACCCAGAAGACAUCGAGAACCGCAGACAUGCCAGGCCCAGGAGGAGCAGACCCAAAGGGAGAAGAUUUCUCCACAGCCAUCCUGAAGCAGAAACACAGACCAAACAGACUCAUCGUGGAUGAAGCCCUCAGUGAAGACAGCAGCAUUGUCAGCCUGUCACAGAACAAGACAGAGGAGUUGCAGCUAUUCCGUGGGGACACAGUGGUGGUAAGAGGAAGGAAACGGCGGCAGACUGUAUGCAUCGUCCUGACCGAGGACACCUGUGCAGAUGAGCGGAUUCGGAUGAACAGAGUGACGCGCAACAACCUGCGCAUCCGGCUUGGUGAUGUCAUCAGCAUCCACGCCUGCCCUGAUAUCAAGUAUGGGAAAAAGAUUCAUGUCCUCCCCAUUGAUGACACCAUUGAGGGCCUGACGGGGAACCUCUUUGAGGUUUUCCUUAAACCAUACUUUCUAGAGGCUUACCGGCCUGUACACAAAGGGGACAUCUUCCUGGUGAGGGGAAGCAUGCGGGCAGUGGAGUUCAAGGUGGUGGAGACGGAUCCCAGCCCUCACUGCAUUGUUGCUCCAGACACUGUCAUCUACUGUGAGGGAGAGCCCAUCAAACGAGAGGAUGAAGAGGAGAGUCUUAAUGACAUUGGUUAUGAUGACAUCGGAGGCUGUCGGAAACAGCUGGCUCAGAUCAAAGAGAUGGUGGAGCUUCCUCUCAGACAUCCAGGACUCUUCAAGGCCAUAGGAGUGAAGCCCCCCAGAGGUAUCCUGCUCUACGGCCCGGCAGGUACAGGGAAGACACUGGUGGCUCGAGCUGUAGCCAAUGAAACUGGUGCCUUCUUCUUCCUCAUCAACGGUCCCGAGAUCAUGAGCAAGUUGGCGGGAGAGUCAGAAAGCAAUUUGAGAAAAGCAUUUGAGGAGGCGGAAAACAAUGCUCCAGCCAUCAUCUUCAUCGAUGAGCUGGAUGCCAUCGCUCCCAAGAGGGAGAAGACUCACGGUGAAGUGGAGAGGCGUAUCGUGUCGCAGCUGUUGACCCUGAUGGAUGGCUUGAAGCAGAGAGCACAUGUGAUUGUCAUGGCAGCAACAAACCGCCCAAACAGUAUAGACCCUGCUCUAAGACGCUUUGGCAGGUUUGACCGUGAGAUUGACAUUGGGAUCCCAGACUCGACUGGUAGACUGGAGAUCCUGCAGAUCCACACCAAAAACAUGAAACUAACCGAUGAUGUGGACCUGGAGAGGAUCGCCACGGAGACUCAUGGCCAUGUGGGUGCUGACCUGGCUGCUCUGUGCUCAGAAGCUGCUCUGCAAGCCAUCCGCAAGAAGCUGACGUUGAUAGACCUGGAAGAUGAAACCAUCGAUGCCGACCUGCUCAACUCCCUGGCUGUCAGCAUGGAUGACUUCCAAUGGGCCCUGGGUCAGAGCAACCCAUCAGCUCUGAGAGAGACAGUGGCAGAGAUUCCCAAAGUCAACUGGGAGGACAUUGGAGGACUGAGCGAGGUCAAGAGAGAGCUGCAAGAGCUUGUUCAGUACCCUGUUGAGUAUCCUGAUAAGUUCCUGAAGUUUGGGAUGACCCCGUCCCGUGGGGUGUUGUUCUACGGCCCUCCUGGCUGCGGGAAAACCCUCUUAGCAAAGGCCAUCGCCAAUGAAUGCCAGGCUAACUUUGUGUCCAUCAAAGGCCCUGAGAUGCUCACCAUGUGGUUUGGAGAGUCAGAGGCGAACGUCAGAGACGUGUUUGAUAAGGCCAGACAGGCUGCACCCUGCAUCUUGUUUUUUGACGAGUUAGACUCUAUUGCCAAAUCCAGAGGAGGCGGAGCAGGGGAUGCAGGCGGUGCAGCCGACAGAGUCAUCAACCAGAUCCUCACAGAGAUGGACGGCAUGUCUGACAAAAAGAACGUUUUCAUCAUUGGUGCCACAAACAGACCCGACAUCAUAGACCCGGCCAUCCUGCGGCCGGGUCGUCUGGACCAGCUCAUCUACAUCCCUCUGCCUGACAAAGCCUCUAGAACAGCAAUUCUCAAAGCCAACCUGCGCAAGUCUCCCAUUGCAAAGGAUGUGGAUCUGGAAAUCCUGUCUCGCAUCACAGAGGGUUUCUCUGGAGCCGACCUGACAGAGAUCUGUCAGCGAGCUUGUAAGCUGGCCAUCCGGGAGGCUAUUGAGGCCGAGAUCAAGGCUGAGCGUCAGAGACAGAGCAGACCGGGCGUCCCCAUGGAUGAAGACUAUGAUCCAGUCCCAGAGAUCAGGAAGGAUCACUUUGAAGAGGCGAUGCGGUUCGCUCGUCGCUCUGUCAGUGACAACGACAUUCGCAAGUAUGAGAUGUUUUCUCAAACUCUGCAGCAGAGCCGGGGUUUUGGAAACUUCAGAUUCCCUUCUGCUACUGGGACUCGGUCUGGAGGUCAAGAAUCCGGCGCUGGGUCAGGCAGGCCGGGUCUGUACAGAGAUGAAGGAGAAGAUGAUCUCUAUCAGUAACAAACUGGUGUGAUUCCAUGAAUUAAAAAAAUAAGAUUUAGAGAUUUAGUUUGCACUGUAAAAGUUGUGUGAAUGUAUGAAUUUUAAAUGUAAUAGACUCAUUUAUUUUUGUGCCUUCAUGAUCACAUCAUGAUGUACUGACUGUUGAUUAAACUACAU